UGGGUGUUUAGUAUUAAACGUGCCUCUCAACUAAAUAGAUCAUACGAAAAUAAAAAUGUUUUAUUUUAAAUCAUUUUGCAAAAGUCUUGUGUUAAUAAGUUUUAUAUUUGAAAUAUUGGCAUUGGAAAAUAAUGAGUGCAACAAACUUGUUAUUGAAGGCGGCGAACAGGCUCUUCGAAAACUUUUUAGCGAUUUUAUUGAAAUAAAAACAACAAUGCAAGAAUUAAAAGCAAAAUUAGAGGAUUAUCAAGAAUUUAACGAGACCAAAAAUAAAGAUCUACCAAUGUUUGAUAUACGAGUUGAUACUUUACCCCAAAAAUGCCAACGUAAUUCCCUGCCUAAAGAUUGCGCUGAGGCCACUGCUUGUACUCAUCAUAGUGGUUUCUAUAAAAUUCAAAUUCCUCCCUACACAGAGCCACCAUUUUAUGUUGAAUGUGAUGCUAAAACUGAUGGUGGAGAUUGGAUUGUUAUCCAGAGACGUCAAGAUGGUUCUGUUGAAUUCUAUCGCAAUUGGGAUGAGUAUCAACUGGGUUUCGGUGAUAUAGACGGAGAAUUCUUUAUCGGUUUGCAUAAGCUAUAUGCUCUCACCAACAACAAUGGUCCCCAAGAGCUGCUGAUCGAAAUGGAAGAUGUAAAUCAAAAGACAGCAUUUGCCAAAUAUGAUGCCUUUGCUAUAGCCAAUGAAACGGAUAUGUAUAAACUAAAGAAAUUGGGAAGAUAUUCUGGUACAGCUGGAGAUUCCUUGCAGGAUUCAGUAGGUUGUAAAUUUACCACAAAGGAUCGUCACAACGAUCGCAACAGCGAAAAUUGUGCCGUUAUGUAUAUCGGUGCUUGGUGGUAUAAAGCCUGUCAUUUGAGCAAUCUAAAUGGUCAGUAUGGUAACAAUGAAUUUGGCAAAGGUAUAAAUUGGAAGACAUUUAGCACAUACACCGCAUCUCUGAAAUAUGUCCGGAUGAUGAUACGUCGUCGUAGAUUUUAGUUUUCUUAUGUCGCUGUUACAUUAUUUAAGAUUAAAUUUUAAUAAAAAGGCCGCUAUUCAUUAGUAUUUUUACACGGUGA